CAUCUAAUCUCAUUCAGACUUAUAUAAGAAUGGGAAUAAGUGAAAAGUAAUUUUUUUAACAAAAAAAUUUCGUUAACCAACGAUAACAACGACAAAAACUUUUUUGGAAAAAAUGUCGAUGUUGUUGUUCAUAACAAGAAUAUUGCUGAUAUGAAUUCUUUAUCAAGAAUUAUUCAUAAAUUGAUAACGAUAAAUGUCACAAAUGAUACAUAUAAAUUUGGGACAUCAACAAAAUGAUGAUGAUGAUGAAACAGAAGAUAAUGAUGAUGAUGAUGCGGAUGCGGAUGAUAAUGAAAAAAAUCAAUAUAAUUUUAAUUCAUUUGUAAAUUGUAGACAUCUAAAUCUUGAUCAUCAUCCAGUAUCGACAAUCGAUAUUGUUAAUUAUCAAUAUUAUCAAAAUCAACAACAAUUAAAUAACAAUCAUUUGCCUUUAUUAUCAUCAUCAUCAUCUUAUUCAUCUUCAUCAUCUUUAUCAACGGUAAUUGAACCACCACAAGCAUUCCAAGAUUAUGAUAUUGAUAAUAAUAUUACAUUAAUAUCAUCAACAUCUUCAAUGCUUUAUCCGGAUGUUGAUGAUGAAGAUUAUGGUGGUGAUGAAUGUAAUCAACAGCCAAAUAAUUAUAUUGUAACGAAUGAAUCAUCAACAUCACCAUUAGUAAUAUUUCCUUAUGAAUUUCAAUCAUCAAAUAUUUCUUCAAAUGUUAUGCUCAACAACGAUUAUAAUGAUGAUAUGGUAAAUUUUUUAUCCAUUAACAAUCCUCAUCAACAUCAUAAUACAGAUCAAUUAAUAAAUGAAAUAUCUUCAUCAUCAUUAUUGUCGAAUAUAAAUAAUGACGUCUUAACGAUUUCAUCAUCAUUAGAAAAUAAUCAACAACAACAACAACAACCACAAUAUUCUUCGCCAUCAAUAACAGAAUGGCAAUUCAAUAAUGAUGUAAACAAUAAUGAUUACACCACUUAUACACAACCAAAACAAUCACAAACAGCCAUAUCGAAUCAAUUAAUAUUGAAUGCAGAACAAUAUCAUCUAUAUCGUCAUCUUAUUCAGCAACAACAAUUAAACAAUCAACAAUCAAUAGCCACAAUGAUCAAUAUUAAUAAUCAUGAUGCCAACAAUGUUGGUACAAAUAAUUGUUCCAAAAAUAAUAAUAAUAAUAAUAAUAAUAAUAAUCGUCAUUCAACAACAAAUACAAACGAAAAAACAACAACAACAACAACAAUGACUACGGCAACAGCUACUACUGUUUCUAAAUCAUCAAUUGUCGAUUCACCAUUAUCAUCAUCAUCAAUGAUUGAAAUGAAUCGACAUUCUCAUCAUUAUCAACAACAACAAUAUUUUUAUUAUUCAACACCUCCACCACCACCAUCUUCGCCAUUAAUAUUGGCCAAUAAUACAAUUGCUAAUGCAAAUGUACAUUCAGCUAUAGAUAAUAUAGCUAAUGUUGUUGUUAACAGUGGUGUUUGUGGUACUGGUUCGUUGAAUAAUUUACCAAAUGUUUGUUAUGAUUCAUCACCAACAUCUACCUAUCAUUAUCCUUAUCAUCAACAUUAUUAUAAUCAACAUCAUCAUCAUCAACAGCAACAACAUCUUCGACAACAAUAUCAAUAUAGACCACCACAUCAUCGAUUACAUCCACAUCAAUUGGAACGUUUUGCAAGUUCAAAUUCGCUCAAUCAUCGUAAUGGUACGAUAAAUGGCGUUAAUGACAAUGGAAAUGGUAAUAAUUCUCAUCGUCAUCAUCAUCAUCAUCAUUUGAUGAUGAAUAAUCCUCAUCUAUAUCAUCAACAAUCUUCACUUCAACAACAAACACAACGAUCAUUAAAUACUGGUAAUGAAAUUGGUGGUGAUUUUGAAUCAAUUACAAAUCCUGGUUAUCGUUCAUCAUCACUUCCGUCCAAUAAUCAUACAAAAGUAUUAAUACAUCAUCAAUGUCCGGUAGCUAUAACACCACCAUCACAUACGCCACCAUUAUCAAUACAACAAAUAGGUUCAACGAUCGAUAAUACAAAUUGUAGUGUAAAAAGUUUACCAAUCGAACAUAAUCAUCGUAUGAAUAUUGGAAAUGAUCAACAAAAUAAUGAUGAUAGAACAUAUUGUCAAGAUUUUGGUCAAAUUACAAGAACAACGAUGUCUAAUUGUCGAACACAAUCUACAAGUCCACGGCCACCAAGUUCAACAGCAGGAUCCAUAACACCAAAACCAUCAUCAAUGGGACAAUCAGAACAACAACAGCAACCAGUUCACUAUAGUGAUCAAGCAAUGGUAUUAGCUAUGGUUGAAGAACAAGCAAAACAAGAAGCACAAUUACGUGAAUUAAAAGGUUAUGAAGCAUCAGCAAAAUAUCAACCACCAUUAAUUGAUGGUGUAGUUGCAGCUGCAAUAUUAACACAAUCUGGUACAAUUAUACCGGAUCGUCAUAAACGUUCAUGUUCAGAAUGGCGUAUGACAUUAUUCGUAUUCUAUUGGAUUAUAUGGAUUGUUUUUCUUAUUGGUGUUGUGAUUAUUGUUGCUGCCAAUACACGUACCGAAUAAUAAUAAAUGGAAACAUUCAUAUCAUUUUGGAAACAAAAAAAUAAAAUGAUUUGAAUGAAUUAUGCGAACGAAAUCUUCCUUAAAUUGCGCCUUGUUUUUCUUUUUUUCUCUCUUUCUCUCUUUUCCUUUUUUUUCACACAGAAAAA